GUCGCCAAUGUGUCUGGCCUCCGCGCGGGUGACACGCUCCGCAUCACUGGUCCGGGCGGCACCCCGGUGGAGAACGGGGUUAUCGUUUCCGUCCAGGCGCUCGAGCAGGCCUCCCUCGUCGUCCAGACCAACGGCGCCAUCGAGGCUGUCCAGGCCAGCGCGGGGGGCAUCGUGACACUCAAGUCGGCCCUGAAGCACUCGUUCCCGGCGGGCACCAGCGUCGCCGAGUUCACCCAGGCCGAGGCAGAAAAGGAGGACGCCGACGCGGCCGAGGCGGAGGCCGAGGAGGCCGAGGCCGCAGGCGCGAGCAGCAACGCUGGCAGCGACGCCAGCAGCAACGCCAGCAGCAACGCCAGCAGCAACGCCAGCAGCAACGCCAGCAAACCAAGCCCCACGAUCGACGCCAUCAUCAAGGAUGCCGUUGGCGCUGGAAGCAGUUGCCAGCACUGA